UAUUUUGCGAAUACACAUUAUAAGAGAACUAUAUUGGUUUCUAUAAACUUUCUAGGAUUAAGUACGAUGUAAAGAUGACAAAUUGGCUAAACAAAGAAAUAUAGAUGUAAACGACGUCUCAUAGUUUUAUCUUCUAUCACACGUAUUUUUUAUAUCAGUCGAAACGAAUACACUUGCAAAUUGGAUUACGUAACGAAGCGCUACGAUGGUCUAGGAAAGCGUCAAAGGCGAGGUCAGACAGAGGGAGCGAAAUACCCCUCCAGCCCUUAUGCUGUUCUGGCAACCACCUUGUCAUCUUAACACUGUACUUUAUUUCCUGUCGGAGUUUGCGCACGAUUUCUGGUAACAUGGAUCCUCUGAGUAGUACUCUGUCACCCUUCGGUGUUCCGUGAAUUUCAAUACUUUUAGAGAACAAUUUAAAAAAUUCAUAUUAUUCUUAUAUUUCUACCAUUUUAUAUUAAAAAAUCGAUAAAAUGUCUCAAACUUAUACCCAUGCGUGCGAAAGAGCAGAACUGUUAGGGUUGCCAAUUCCAAGUGAAGAGGAAUGGAAGGAGACACAGAGGAUAGAAGAUGAAAAUCGUGCCAAUGAUGAGGACGAUGAAGCAAUCAUUCAGAACUUGGACACCUCAGAUGAAGCUGCACAACGGAUCAGUGGUGGAUUAGAUGAAUUAAACAGCAUUCUCAAUGCAACACAGAAAAAGAUUAAUAGAUUCAAGACUGUUUGUGGCAGUUUGGGUACUUUACUCAAAGUAAGAGUGGGAUCUAAAAACAAUACACCAGAUCAUAAGAGUACUGAACGAAAUCACAAUGAGACAGAACAAAUAAAUAAUGAAACAGAAGCGAAUGAUGAACAAUUGAUGGUAGACUUACCAGAUGAUAAGAAAACUGAAGAAAAUAUAAAAUCUGAUUCGACAACACCAAAAAAAAUAGACAUCAAUGAAAAGAUGGGAUCUCAUUUAAAUAAAUUAGAUUCUCUUAUUACGAAAGCUGAAAAUGCUCAAUAUAGUAUGCAACAUCAAACAAAACAGAUGAAGAAGUUUCUGAAGUAAUGAACAUGUAUGAAAAGUGUAUCUUAUUCUAUCUUUGUCAGAUCGUUUUGAUUUGUUGCUACUAGCAUAUAUAUUAUGAAAUAUAAUUUAUUAUUAAUCAUGCAAAGAUACAUACACCGUAGUUUUAGAUUGUGAAUCUGUUAAAAAGAAUGCUGCUUCACGAAAUUGUUAUGGAUUCUUCGUCCAUCUUCGUCUCUGCUUUUAUAAUUUCCUCAUGAUGCUAUUUAUGAACUCAAGUCAAGAACUGUUAAACAUUCAGGAGCAUUUGUGAACAUUUCUGAUUCUUCAAGCCGGGCAUUGUGGACUGGUGCAGAACUCCUCACCUCCAUCUUCAUCGACACCGCUUUUGAUGCCGUUACAACUGCUUUCUUCACUUUCACAAUCAUAUCAAAUUGAUCAAAUCGAUCACCGGUUACUGUGCCAUUUAUGAUGCAGCCGCUACUACCACUUCAGCUGAUCUAUUUAUCGAGUAACCCGUUAAAAUCGACAGAGCUGACUUGAAUAUGUAGUUUCUUGAUCGACACAUAUAGCAAUGAAGGAUCAAGCCAACAUAUCGCUCGGAGCGUAACCAGCUCCACUUCUAGUUAAACUGCAUUUAUAGCCAAGUUCAAAGUAUUCCACGAGCUCAGGUUUCCAUAUGAAACACUUAUCGGCUGAAUCAUGCUAAACAACACCUGUAACUUAUAUAUGUUACAAUUGAACAAGAUACGGGUACUUGUGCAAGCGUUAGAAUAAGCAGAAACAUAGUUGAUCACAUGCUUAACACUUCUUGCAUCAUGCCCAGGAAGGGUAUCAACUAUUGACUGCUAUCGUUUGACAUCUAUGAUACUAGCUAUACGAAGCUUGUUGAUGCCAGAAUUAAGUACAAACAAAAGCUCAAAGUAUGUUCUUCCCUUAGCUGAGAAGUUACUUUUUACUUGACUACCUGCUUGGAAGCCCAGCUUUAUUAUCCAUUGAAUGAUAUAGUGUGUGAAUAUGGAAUUGAAUUCAAUCGAUAAUCAUUCUUGAAGAAUUACUGUGAAGUAGUUUGCUAUACAUUCCUCAUUCAUCAAAUCCCAUAUAACUGGUAAAAACAUUCUUAACAAAGUAAUGCUUGAUUGCACCCUGAAAUAGCUGUUCUUCAGAGAUGCGUAUUAUGCAUGCGCAUCUAGUAUAAACAAUCCAUCUGUAUUAUGAAACCUGUAAAGUGACUAGUGGAUGGCAAUCAAAUCGUACAUGGUUAUAACUUUCGUCAGUGAGUCUGUGGUUAUUAUUCUGUACAAUAACAAUGUUAUUGAAUAAACUGAUGUCUGACGCACUGCCAAAAUGUUAUGCGAUCUUCGCUAUUUGACCAUACCUAAAGGGUUUGAUUGUAGCUGAUCUCAACAUCUGCAACGUUAAUCUAACAGAUUUUUCAUCGAGCGAUUGUGUGCGCUACUAUUAUAUUGGGAGGAUUACGCAAGAAAGCUCUGUCUGCCCUUGUUAUGUAAGACAGAUUGUCUCAUUAAAUCUUAUCUGAUACAGUCGCUCAUUAGCAAAAUGGUAUCAACCCUUUUGGUGAGAUUAUUACCCUACAGCGCUCUAUAGAUACAGAACUCAUGACCGCUGUUCGUAACUUUCCGGAAUAGGAAGAAAUAUUUCAAAUAUGAUGUUUUAUCAUAGAAAAAAGGUAUUAUUAUGAGAAGCAUUUUGUUGUUACCCACCUGUACAAACUUGGAUGGCUAUAAAUCAAAUCAAAGGCUGAAGAAUUGGAGCACUUACAGUUAAACGCACACUGUUGAGUCUGAAGAGGAAAUUCGUAAAAAAUCUAAUAUUGGAGUCUUGUUAUGUGAAAUUUUUAUAGAGAUAUAAAAUGUUCCAACACAUGAAGCCAAUUUUUGAAGAAAAUCAUUCACUUGUGCAGUGAACAUUUUACCUUCCCUAUCACAGUGCAAGGAAAUACUGAAGAACCACUUUCUAAUUGAAUGUUGUAUUCUAUAAUUAUCAGUGAACAUCAUUGAAUAAAUACUUAUGAGCAGACUUAUUUCUUGAAAUGGUAAAUGUAUUUUUAAAAUGACAAGAAUUCCUCUACAACUUUUUCAUGAACAUCAGAAAUAUGUAAAUCAGGUUCAAUUACAUGCUAAUGGUGAAUCCAGUGCACCCUAUAGCAUAUUCAGUCACAAACAAAAAGUGCAAGCUGUUGAAGACUGUUAUUUAUGAAUUACUUUGUGAAUCAUACAUAAUUAUAUGCACUGUGCAAUAACUCAUAAACAAUAAGAUUAUAUGGAUGACUUCUUCUUGAAUGCAUACUUGGUGAAUGAAGUAUAAAUCAUAUAGAAACAAGUGAUGGAACUUUGCAGAUGGAUGAAUUACCUUUACACAAACUGAUGUCAAACUCACAGCUAUUGAGAUAAAUAAGCGAAGAGACCACGCGGUCGGCGUCACAGAUUUCGGACACACAACAUUAAAGAUCCCUCCCAUUUUAAAAUUGAGGUAAGAGCCUCCUUAGAUAUUGUAUGUAAACGUUCAGUCUUUUUUUUAGAAGUGUUCCACUUUUUAAUUCUCUGGAAUGGCUUGCUUCUAUUACAAUCAAAGACAGAAUCUAUAUGCACUCACUGUGAUUCCUGUAACUUGUAUGGGACUUUCUAUCAUUUCGUCCAUAUGCAACAUUGCGAAAUAAAUAAUACAAAAACUUUUCUAUGCUACAACAUCUACUUCAAUGCUUAAAAGAUCUCAGAAUCUAUUACAGUAUAUAAAAUCUACAGAUUUGUUGAUGCUUCUUACUGGAAUGAUUAAACAUAAAAUUAUAUGUCUAUCCUACACAGUGAUUUAAUUCAUAUUAAAUAUAAGGUAACAAAAAAGUAAACUAUUGACAAUGAGUAAACCAAAGAUCAGAAGAAAUAUGUAAUUUUUUAUCAAAAAUAUGCAGUUUUAAGAUAUGUCAACAUACUUUUCGUUACAACUAAAUACAUUUGUAAGUGUUCCCAUAUUUUGGCAGUUCACAUCGAGGUCAUGUCAAACUAUUUAAUCUAAAUUAUCUUUUUAUGUUGAAGGUUUAAGCAUUAUUAAUAAUUGUAAAAUACUUGAAAUAUAUAAAAUUCCAUCUGGGGUGUAUUAUUAACCAUACUCAUUUAUGAGCAAUUAAUUGUAUUAGCAUCUUAAAUGGAGGUGUACAUUAAUUUAGUCUGCAAGCUCUUAACAAUGAAUCCAUUUAUCUCUUCACUGACACAUGAUUAUUUUCUCAUAACUGUUUUGAACUCAACUAUUCCAGAGCCAUAGAUGCAAAGACCUCAUUAUUGUCAUGCUGAUAGUUCUUGCGUCACAUGUACCACCAAUUUUGGCAUUAAUAGUGCAAGGAGUAUUUCUAGGAAUUACAAACAACAUACAAGUAGAAAAAUUGCAACUUCUAUUUAAGCAGUGAAGAUAGGUUAACACAAGUGAUGAUCAUCUGAAUCAACUAAUCUGAGAUUAAAUGUUACAUCAUUAAACCAUCUUCUACCUUGGACUGUAUAAGAGAGCUAUUAAACUUAAAGGACUUUCAUCACACUGAUGAAAACAGGUGGAAUGUUUCAGGUUCGAUAAAGUUGAAUUUGUUAAAUCAGGCAAUACUCCUCUAUUAUUAUCCUUAUUUAAGUACAUCCUAUUCUUGUUUUCUUCAUCAAACAGUGUGGUCGGUUUUUAACUCUGAUCAGCUGUUAAUACGUCAACACCAAUUUGUUGUUUCCAAAAAUUUUAAUGUAUUAUCUUUGUAUAGUUCUACCUUCUUGAACUUCAUCUUUACCUAGACAGUCUACUUUUUGAUCAACACAAAGGUUGUCACAAUGGAUUCUACUUAGAAAGCAUUGUCUCUUUAAUUCUAAUCGCUAGUUACAAUAUUUAGUACAAUUCCUUGACUUUUUAAAGAUUUAACACUAAGUUCAUCUUUACAAAUUUUUAUUGUGAUCUGUAAUGCACAGUGAUUCCGUUUAAUUAAAUUGAUCUUCUAUUUGCGAUUUUUUCAUCUUUAUCUUUUUAACUUCCUCAUCAUGUUAUUUCAAAUAAAAGACAGCUGACAUUUGAAAGCAUUCAUGAAUAAAAAUAUUUAUC